GGUGCUGGAAUAGGAGUUGAUGGGGGUUUGAGUUGGAUGAAGAAGGCGGGAAUCCAGUCCUCUUCCAGUCAGCUCCCCAUCUCGCCCUCUGUCGGCUUCGGACCACAGCCUGACUUAGUGAGCAGCCGUGGCGGCGCCCCCGCCCGCCAACAGCUCCCAUUCUCUGUCAUCGGCUCCCUCAAUGGCGUCCACAUGUUUGGGCAGAAUCUCGAGGUGCAGCUGAGCUCUGCGAAGACGGAGGACACAACCGUGGUGUGGAAGAGCUUCCACGACAGCAUCACCCUCAUUGUUCUGUCAUCUGAGGAGGGCAGCUCGGAACUGAGGCUGGAGAGACUACUCCAGAUGGUGUUUGGGGCCAUGGUUCUUCUUGUGGGACUUGAAGAGCUGACCAAUAUCCGCAACGUAGAGAGACUGAAGAAGGAGCUGAGGGCCAGUUACCGCCUCAUCGACAGCUUCCUUGGGGACUCAGAGCUCAUCGGGGACCUGACCCAGUGUGUGGACUGUGUGGUUCCUCCAGAGGGGUCCCUGCUGCAGGAAGCCCUCUCUGGGUUCGCGGAGGCUGCGGGCACGGCCUUCGUCAGCCUGGUCGUGUCGGGCCGGGUGGUGGCAGCGACAGAGAGCUGGUGGCGACUGGGGAUGCCGGAAGCCGUGCUGCUCCCCUGGCUGGUGGGAUCCCUGUCGCCGCAGGCCGCUCGCGACUACCCGGUGUACCUGCCUCACGGGAGUCCCACGGUGCCGCACCGGCUUCUGACCCUGACGCUCCUGCCGGGCUUGGAGCUGUGUCUGCUCUGCGGGCCGCGCCCUCCCCUCAGCCAGCUGGAUGCACAGCUUCUGGAGCGCUGGUGGCAGCCACUGCUGGACCCGCUGCGGGCCUGCCUGCCGCUGGGAUCCCGAGCGUUGCCCGCGGGCUUCCCCCUGCAUACGGACAUCCUCGGGCUGCUGCUCCUCCACCUGGAACUGAAACGUUGCCUCUUCACGGUGGAGCCCUCGGGGGAUAAAGAACCGUCUUCUGAGCAGCGUCGGCGCCUCUUCCGCUCCUUCUACACCCUGGUCACCGCCACGCACUUUGCACCAGAGCCGGGGCAGCCAGAGGAGAAGGCGGAGGAGGUGGUCCAUCGGGCCCAGGUACCGAGAGCCUGCUACCUGGUGUUGGGGGCUGAGGAGCCAGGCACAGGAUGGCGACUGGUGGCCCUGCAGUUGGGGCCACGGCGGUUGCUGCUGCUGCUGUCUGCUCAGAGCCCCACGCAUGGGCUGCGGGGCCUAGCCACCCACACUCUGCAUGCCCUCACCCCACUCCUCUGA